GGUUCCGGUGCGGCGGGGCUCGGCCGGGCCGGGAGCGGAGCAUGGCGGGUGCCAGCACCAUCGAGGCCGUGAAGCGCAAGAUCCAGGUCCUGCAGCAGGCGGCGGACGGAGCCGAGGAGCGGGCGGAGCGUCUGCAACGGGAGCUGGAGGCCGAGCGGCGGAGCCGCGAGCAGGCUGAGGCAGAAGUGGCAUCUCUGAACCGCCGCAUCCAGCUGGUGGAGGAGGAGCUGGACCGAGCUCAGGAGCGACUGGCCACAGCCCUGCAGAAGCUGGAAGAGGCAGAGAAGGCUGCAGAUGAAAGUGAGAGAGGCAUGAAGGUAAUUGAAAACAGAGCCCUGAAGGAUGAGGAGAAGAUGGAACUGCAGGAGAUCCAGCUCAAGGAAGCCAAGCACAUUGCAGAGGAGGCAGACAGGAAGUAUGAGGAGGUUGCUCGAAAGCUGGUGAUCAUAGAAGGAGAUCUGGAGCGUACUGAGGAGAGAGCUGAGCUCGCAGAGUCUAAAUGUUCGGAGCUGGAGGAGGAGCUGAAGAAUGUCACCAACAACCUCAAGUCUCUUGAGGCUCAGGCUGAGAAGUACUCCCAAAAAGAGGAUAAAUACGAAGAGGAGAUCAAGAUCCUGACUGAUAAACUCAAAGAGGCAGAGACCCGAGCUGAGUUUGCUGAGAGGUCUGUAGCGAAGCUGGAGAAGACCAUUGAUGAUUUGGAAGAUGAGCUCUAUGCCCAGAAACUGAAGUACAAAGCAAUUAGUGAGGAGCUGGACCACGCCUUGAAUGACAUGACCUCCAUAGCCCGACGAGCCCUUCGUGAGCAGAGCCCUGAUGAGCUGGGACCUGUCCCCUGCUUCCCUCAGGUUUGUGCCUCUCUUCUCCAUACAAAGGCACCAAGGGAGUGUGGCCCAGGCAGGCUGAGCUGCCCCAGCCCCUUUCCCUGUGCUGUGGGUCAGGGCUGUGCUCUCUGCUGGUCCUGGGGGCAGAACCAGCUUGGGAAGCUCUGGCUCUCCUCGAGGAUGGGCAGGAACUGCCCUGUGAGCACAAAGCAGGUGACAAACCUGCAGCUGGAUCAGAGGGUCUGGAUCCUGUGUCCCAAGCGCCUGGGGAGGCUCCCAGUUCACAGCUCCUGUUGCUGGCACCGGUUCACCCUUGUGCAAUGGGCUCAUGGGGAGGACUGGGAGUGGUGGGUUCAUCACUUGCCUUGUAUGGAGCUGGUGGCUCUGCUCUUGCACCCGAGUGAUGCAAGUGAAGGCUGGGGCAGGUCCCUGCUGGGUGGUCCAUGGAUGAGGGGUGAUGGGAGCUCUGACCCAUGGGUGCAGGAUGGGUGCCCCGAGCUGGGCUGUGCUUGCCAGUGCAGCUGACUCCCAUCCCCUGCCACUGUGGGGAUGCUGGAGCCUGUGGCUUAGUGCCCAGCUCAGGGUCAGCACAGAGGCCCCAGGCAGCAGCAGCUGAUGUGCAAGGCAGGGUUUUGUACAGGCCAGGAUGGGAUGGACCCGUCCCAUGUACUGCAGCUUCUGUUUCAGCUGUAAUGGGCCAUAAGUUGUUGGCUUCUCUGGCCCUUGCUUGGUCUCUUGGUGGCUUCAGAGAAGGGAUGAGCAGCAUUCCCACCUCCUGUGUGUGGUGCUGAUGGGAGCUGGUGAAUGUGGCUGGGGGAGACACUGGGAAUGGGGACAUGCUCCAUGUGAGCAGGUCUUGUUCAAGAGGAGGCUAUUCCUUCAUUGAAAGCAAUGGUGGGGAUCCCCUGCAUGGGGUUGUAUCCCACUCAUGGAGUCCUGGGACAGGAGCUGUGCUCCAGAGCUUCCUCUGCCCUAACCCCAAAGCAGAUCCUGCCUUCAGGCCUUGUCUAUGUGGCAAGUGAAGUGUGUCCUCGGAGGAGCAUCCUCAGGUUCAGGGAUGAGCUGCUGCCAUUUCCUUCCUCUGUCCCUGUUCCAGCUCUCACAGGAGCUCAGGUUAACACUGCAGGACAUGGGUGACUGAGGAGGUGCCAUUAACCAUGCUCCAGUCCCCAUCCCCACGGUGGCAUCUGCCCCUUUGUGGCUGCAGACCCACAUGUCUUGUGCACUCGCUGCUGUUCAAUAGGGCCCUUGGAAUGAAUCCUCAUUACUUGGGUUCAGGAAGGUAACCUCUGUUCUUAGUGAGGGAACCUUCAGGCUUGGCUCUUCAUUGAGCAUCCUCAGUCCCUUAUCCGGGUGUCCUGCCUGGCUCCCCCAGGAGGGACCCAGGGUGAAGUUAGGCUUCUACCUGCUCAGAGCUGUCCAUCAGGUGCUGUGGCUUCAUUUACUGCUAGCUGAAUGAGUGCAGGACUCCUGCUGCAUGGAAUGAUGGCUUCUAACAAUAAACGACUGAGUCCUGCUCUGUAAACCACCUUGAGUCCUAAAUGGUGGAGGGGAAAUGCUUGUUCCCAGUGUUGGGAAAGCUCUUGGCCAUCCAUGUACAGCAUGAAGCUGUCCCUUGGAGGCCUCCUGCUCUGUGACCAUGGGGAGGUUGGGGAGCAGCCCCAGGACCUGCCUGUACCUCAAGGCCAUCUCUCCACAGCCCCAGCGAGUCCAUGUCCUCAGGGAUCAGGGUGGGCUCAGCUUUGGAGUGAAGCCUUCCUAGAGCGCUGCUUCCUGACCUGAGCUCCCGUCCUGGCUUAAGGACCAUGUGAGAAUCGCCUGUAGUGUCAGUCAGACUCGCACACCUCGCUCCUCCUCGCUGCUUGCCUGCCCUGCACUGAAAGCAGUCCCUCCCUGCUGCUCCUGCUGCUGGGCAGUACUGGUCCCAGUGAGCAGCUGGGGCUCUCCAUGCUGGUGAAGGGGGCACAAGCGGUUGUACCUGUGGGGUGGUUGGGGUGCCGGGAGGUGUUGAAUCCCGGUGAAACCAUCCGCAUGGAGGCACCUGCAUGUGAGGCACAGCCCCGAGGGCUGCCCCGGAGCCAGGGCACUGCUCUGGGGGGACACUGGGGCAGUGCCUGUGCCCUGCUUGCCAUGGCUGAGGCAUCUGGUUCUGGUGCUUACCGGUAACUCUGGACUCUUCCUUCC